UGUACACACACACACAGACAUGUACAUACACACACACAUAUACACACACAGAAACAUGUACACACACACAUACAUGUACAUACACGCAGACACAUGUACAGAUACACACAUGUACAUACACACAGACACACACACACACACCCAUAAAAAGUUGCAGUACUUCGUUGUUCCUUCACAGAUCUGGGUACUGCACUCUAGGGGGAGGCAGAGAGCACAGCACACACUCCUUGCUUUGCUUUCACUGCGCUCAGCUAUUGAGCAGUCUGACGGCUCCCAGUGCCAGUGACAGAUCCGGCCUGAGCUCCGAGCCUGCUCAGCAAGACGGUCCUGGGGGACACACUCACCCCCACCAUAAUUUUCACUCGCCAUUGGCGAGCAGGCGAGUGGAAAUUUCAAGCCCUGUACUA